CGACCUUAAGAAUCGAGAGUAAUAAAGAAAUUGUACUUUAAUCGUUAAUAUUUGCAAAUCUUGCUAGAAGUUUAAUUUUAAUUGCAUAGAAUAAAAAUUUAACGAAACAAGAUAAUAAAAGAUAUUGUUUCUUUUCGCGAGUGCAAAUAUGACUGAUUGUGAGAAUUAUGGUUGACACAAUUCACAUGCAUUCCUUCAUUUCAAUAUUUACAUAUAUGAAUGUAUGAUUUUUAAAUAACACUGAUAAAAAUAAAAAAAUAAUAUAAUGGCAUAAAGAAAACUGAAUGAGUGAAGAUGAAUAACAUUAGAGUAAUAACGUUCAAGUUGUUGAGGACAUAUGUAACUAAACCUAGACAUGCAGUGGCUGGAGUACGAGGAAAAAUACAUCUAACGAAGAAAGAAAAUGAUAAAGAAUUUGAAGAUGAUCUUGAAGAGUUUGAUCAAGAUGAUAUAGGGGUGUAUGAAACUGAUCUGGGAGACAUUAUGGAUUCUUAUGCAGAUUACGAUAGACAAAGUGAGAAGGAUCGUGAACUGUUAAAACGUCGCAUUGUUAGAAGUAAAUAUUUCAAAGAGGUAGAGCCGAAUUUCCUUACCUAUGUCGAAAAGGAUGAGAUAAGAAAACUACACAGAGAAGACCCUAGUGAGUGGACACCCGAAAGACUCAGUGAAAGUUUUCCAGCUUUACCUCACACCAUAAGAAAGAUUUUGAAAGCUAAAUGGGAACCAAAGUCAGUGGAAAGGAUACUUGCGUACGAUAAUAAAGUAGUUAAAAAUUGGAAACAAUUUAAAACUGGUCAAUUACCAGUGAACCCAAUCUUAGAGGAGCACUUAAUGAAGUUCAAAAACAGGAAAAUUAUUUUAUCCAACAGGGAGACUUUGGCAGAAAAAUAUGUGUUACCAAAGAUAGAACUUCCAAAGCCUAAAAGUUUAUUCUUUCGUAGUGUUAUAACAGAUUCUGUUGGUAAGAAAUCUACCAUGGAAAAUAAGAUAUUAAUUUCCUUGCAGGAUAAUGCAAGUAAGGAUGUAAAAAAAUCUGAGACAACAGGAGAGAAAAAUACAAGAUUAGUUAACAAAAUGAGCAAUGAUACGAUGAAUGGAAACGAGCACAGUGAAAGAUCAAAUACGAAAGACAAGCUAAUUACCUUACAGAAUAAUAAGAGCAGAACUAAUAGAAAGUCCAACAUGUCAGAGAAGAAAGAAAGAUUAAUAUUUGAAACAGACAAUGACUUUGUAAAUAGAGAAACAAAAAAGUAUAAUAUUGAAGGGGAAACAUUAGUUUUUGAAGAGUUCUUGAAGAAGAAAUUAAGUAAUCCAGAUAAGAUUCCUUAUGAAGAAAAAGUAACCUUGGUGGAUACCUAUAAAAAAUAUAUAGAGACUAAGAAUUUGGAGAAUUUAAGUAAUGUAUCACCCAAUACUGUGGAAGAUACUGACACUGAAGAAAAAAGUGUUAAUACUACAAAAAAUCCGUGUGACGGAAGUGUAGUAAAUGUUACAGCAGAUGAAAGUGAAUCGGUGAUAACCAGACUGGAAAACGAGAAUAAUUUUUCUGUGUGUAGAACUAGCCUUAUUGGUAUCACAAGAUCUGCUCGAUCUAAAAAAAAACUUCCCAGGGAUGGCUCAACAAUAUGUAUUUACAAUGUCGUGCUACGAUCACAGUUACCUCAAAUCACAGAUGUACAAGGUUUAUCAGUCAGAUUUUAUUCGAAUCCAGCGAGAAGACCUAGUUUCAUUUCUCAGUUUAUCGAGAAUAUCAAGCAAGAAAUUCAAAAGAAUAAAGAGAUGAAAGAGUCUUUGAAAAAGUUUAGGGAAGAAGCAGAGAAACUGGAACAGUCGGAAGCAUUGCGUUCUGCUAGACAGAAAUUUCAAGCAGUUGAAUCUGAAGCUACCAAAGGAUCUGAGGCUCUCAAGGAAAAGUUAGAAUCCUUAAAGGGAAAGGUGCAAGUGAAGAGUAAUGUUUUAAUAAAACUCACAAGUAUGGUACAAGAAGUUCUUGAAGAAGCGAGUAAAACAGAAUUAGGAAAGAAAGCUGGUCAGCUGAGCGAGGAAAUAACAAAAUCUGCAAAAGGAGCAGCGGAGACAAUAUCUGAAAAGAGUCAGGCUUUAGGUAAAACAACUGCAUUUCAAACGAUAUCGCAAACUGCGGAAGCUGUACGUGAGGAAUUGGAUCAUCAAGGAAUGCAUGGGAGAGUAUAUGUUCCACCCAAAGUGUUAAGGAAAAGGAAAGAUGUAGUAGAAUCAACAGAUAGCAAAGUUGUUCAACCUAACGAAGACGCCACUGGUGUUGAAUUGCAUAAAGAUUCUAAAUUUUAUCAAUCGUGGCAACAUUUUAAGGAUAAAAAUCCAUAUGUGAAUAAAGUACUGGAAUGGAAGAUCAAAUACGAGGAGUCCGACAAUCCUGUAAUUCGUGCCUCUAGACUACUGACAGACAAAGUUACAGACAUAGUUGGAGGACUAUUUCAAAAGACAGACUUGUCAGAAACGCUGACAGAAAUUUGUAAACUAGAUCCUAGCUUCGAUAGGGUACAAUUUUUAAAAUACUGCGAAACAGACAUUAUUCCAAAUAUUUUGGAAGCUAUGGUAAGGGGGAAUCUCGAGAUUUUAAAAGACUGGUGUCACGAAGCUCCGUACAAAUUACUAGCGCAACCAUUAUUACAAGUAGAGAAAUUGGGAUAUCAGUUAGACAAUAAAAUCUUAGAUAUCAACAAUGUAGAUUUAAUAAUGGGCAAAGUAAUGGAACAAGGACCGGUUCUGAUAAUCAGCUUUCAAUGCCAGCAAAUCAUGUGCGUGAGAGAUGCGAAGAAAAAUGUCAUUGAAGGAGAUCCUGAGAAAGUGAUGCGUGUUAAUUACAUCUGGGUAUUGUGUCGCGAUCCUACUGAACUUAAUCCAAAAGCUGCAUGGCGUUUGCUCGACAUUAGCGCUACCAGUACCGAGCAAUUUGUAUAGUGUACAGUUUAGGUGUAAAUCUAGUUAAAGUUUUAAGAAAAAUAAAAAAAGAAGUCGAUGCGAGCACGUGAGGACCGAGGAGUAAGGAACACAUUUUUUAAAAUUCUCAAUGCAAUCGGUAUUGAAAGGGAAGAUUUUUAUCAAGAUCCGCGACUUGUAUAUUAGUCCAGUUGAUGAUGUAUGUUAAUUUUGUCGUGACUCAAAUUAUGUUCAGUACAGAUCCUACGUCAUCUUCCAUAUAUAAAUCAAAGAUUUACGUAUGAAAGAGGAAACGUAAAUUAUACUAGAGAUAUUCGUACUAAAAUACGAAAGUUUACUGUUACCAUGCCUUUUUAAUAUAUUUGAAGUACAAUCGAACGUUAUUUAUAUUAUUAAAGCGUAUAGAUUAAAGAUUCGAUUGCUUGUUACAAUUAUUUGUGCGUUAGGGUUACACUUAUCUUCGCGUAUCAGGAUGGGUAAUUAUUGCUCGAAUGUAUCUCGCGUCCGGGUUGACGCAACUGAGUAUACAAAAUAACUUCAAACGAUUCGUUUUUCUGUACAUAUUUAGACAUUGGUACUAAAGUAUCGAUGAACGAAGCCUAGCAAAAGUAUAUAUAUCGAAUGCCAAAUAUUUGUUUUGCAUUAAUUACGACAUGAAAGAAAGGAAGUGUAAACGUCUUACAUGAUUAAAUAAAGAUUGUACAUAUUUUCGUGUUUGUAUAUCGUGCUAUAAUGCAUAGUUUAAUAGUUAUUUUCUUGAAACUGUAAUAUAUAAAUUCGGAAUGCUCGUUUACAAAUCUAGCGGGUAAGUUUCGAACUAUAAGCGACGAUACAUUGUAUAAAUGAGUUCGAUAUGUAAAAAUAAGGGGGAAAGAAAAAAAUUAUGUUUUGAGGAAAGGAAAUUAAGCCAUCAUUUUCCCUUUCUGUAUCGUUUCGCGAACAACAAAAAGAUGUUUAAAAAAUCUCGCAGCACAUCCAAUUAAUCCCUUAACGAGAUUUUUUGCAUAGCUAUACUUUACAGACAAAGCCUGGUCCAAAACUGUGCAAAAACAGUGUAACAAUGAAACAUAUUCGGCGGUGUUUUACACUACGUAAUUACGUUCCAAUAAACUUGAAUAAAUUUUGAAAUUGAAAAAAAUGAACAAAUUAAAGUUUUAUAUAAAGAAUUUGAAAGAUAAUGACUAUAGUAUAGUAGCACCACUAUAGUGGUGUUCUAAAAGGCGUAACUAAGAGGUUAGAAGUGAAGCGAUUGAGUUUAAAUAAAUUAGUUCGAAAUUUGAAAAAAUAAAGUUUGUUUUAUAUAAAAAAUUUGAAAAUCAUAACGUUGUAUACAACUCUCUUCGAUUGAGAGAUAAACGAGCCAUUGUAGUUGCAUACAGUUCAAAAAGGCGGCGUGAAAGCCGCAAUAGUGGCUAACCUUUAAGAGAUUAAAAGUGCAAUGAUCCAAUUUUUACUCAUAAUCAAUCCUUAACGCGGGCAAUUCGAAUUUCCUCUGAAUUGAAGAUUCUUUAAUAAAUCCAAUCGAAAUUCGUAAUUGGUCGAACUAUUUGAAAGUAUCGCGGAUUCUUCCUCGCGCGGCUCGGUGGAAACGUCAGUUCCUCUAGGGUGCAGCGAAUCUCUCUUUCUGAUUGGCCAGUCUCGCGCCCGUGCCCGCAGCAGAUUGAAAUUUGAUUAUACGUCAAUUUUGUUCCUGCUCCGUUCGCGGCAACGCGAGCGAAUUUUCUUCCCCCCAGUCGAGUUGUUGCUGCGAAUUGUCAUGUGCGCGAUUCCACUGUGAAAUACACAUCGCGGUGUAUUCGUAUUCGUUACGUAACUCGCGUUGACCAAUUGCACGCGACCGAACAUCAACGCGAUAGAGACAUUCCGAGUGGCGUAAUGAAAUUAUUGUUGGAACAUUGUGUUAGAAAUGUACGUGGCUGAGUGACAGAAUAAUUGAAACACAGACGGAACAGAAAAAAGAAAAAAGUA